AUGCCCUCUGCCAACUACCUCAAGCUCACAAACGGCCUACCAAAACGUCAAUCCAGUAUAUACAUCCAAUUACGAACACGCCACAUACCCCUCAAUUACCACCUUCAUCGCAUCAACAAAUCCGAAUCUCCUCACUGCCCGACAUGCCCAGGAACGAACGAAACUAUACACCAUUUUAUAUUCGAAUGCCCUCAAUACCAAAGAGAACGACACAUAUACGCUAACGCGACCCGCCGAAACGCACUGUCCAUAACCCACCUCCUCUCAUCCGAAAAAGCAACCCCACACCUCCUUCGAUAUAUCAACAGCACCGGACGUCUCAAACCCACGUUCGGAGAAAUAUAA